AGCAACUGGUAGGAUUUGGAGCAGCUGAGGGGCUUUCUACAGCAGCUCAUGGAAAAGCCGCACUUUGACCACUGCGUGUGGUUCGGAGGAGCAUAAAGCUGAGGCCAAACCCUCCGUCCUGGGCUGGAGAAGGUACAGUUGUGAUUUGAGAUUUCCUCAACUCAGGUGGAUUAAGUCCAUGUUGGAGACGUUGUUGCUGGAUACAGGGAUUAUGGUGCACAGUUGAGUGUGUAGAUGACGGCAAACAGAGACAAUAUGCAGUCGAUAAAGCAAGAGGUGGACUCCAGUGAGUCCUACAGCGGAGAAGAUGCUCUGGUCCUGGCUGUGGCCUUACAGGGGUCGAACAGAGAUCUGAUGGAUCACAAUUUAUCGACCAUGCCGUUUAAGGCUAAAUCGAGCUGUCGUAGGAAAAGGGAAUUUAUCCCAGAGGAGAAGAAAGACAACCUGUACUGGGAGAGGCGUCGCAAAAACAACGAAGCGGCAAAGCGCUCGAGAGAGAAACGGCGAAUCAACGACAUGGUCCUGGAGAACAAACUAAUGGCACUUGGAGAGGAGAACGCUUCGUUGAAGGCGGAGCUGCUGUCUCUGAAGCUGAAGUUCGGUCUGCUGAGCUCAGCAGCUUAUGCGCAGGAAGUGCAGAAACUCUCCAGCUCUGCUAACCUUUACCAGGAGUUUGUUCCACCCAGCAGCAGCAGCAGCCAGAGUUCGUCCAGCAGGGACCUGGAGCCUCUUCACAUGCGUAGCAGCUGCAUAUCGGUCAUUAAGCAUUCACCGCACAGCACUCUGCCAGAUUUGCCUGAGACAUGUACUACAACUCAGGGUAGCUUUAACAUCUGCAGGGCUGCAGAGGUCAAGCAAGAACCAGCUGAGAGCAGCAGCUACGCACAGGAGAGGAGUAGUCCGUAUGAAAUGUACAGGAACUACGUGAGCGGAGUCUACCCGCAGCCGGCUUCGUUUCUGCAGAUCACCAGGUCGUCCAGUAACUCCCCGAGGAGUUCAGACGACGGCGUAAUAAGCAAAUCGUCGGACGGCGAGGACGAGCAGCAGGUCCCCAAAGGGCCGGUUCCAUCUGUAGCCGACUCCAGGAGCGUCAUCGUCUCCACACACAAAGUGCCAGAUCCAAACGCUUCAGCUUUACCGCACAAACUGCGGAUCAAAGCCAGGACCAUCCAAAUCAAAGUGGAGGCCGUCGACCCCGAAUACGAGUCUUCUGGAAAGUCCACGUCUCCUGUCAACGAGGGCUACCAGAGCGCUCCGGACUCCUCAGAGUACUCUCAGUCGUCCAUGUGCCCUCUGUCGGUGCAGGUCAACAACAUGCACAACUGGAGCCACCGGUCCGAGCAGUGGCAUAAAGAGACGCUAACCCCGAGCCCCGCCUUGAACGGCACCGAGCCUUCCUAUGCACACUCGGACACUGAGGACUCGUACCUCAAACAGGGCCUGGGCGGCAUGUCUGCAAACGUGGCCUCUCUGAACAGACUGAUCACAACGAGGCAGGAGUCCGUGAUAGAGUCGGUCAAAAGCACCGCCGAUCAGUACGAGUCAUUAUCCAAAGGGUGUCCUUCAAAAUGACCUUUGUACGUUUUGCAUUUCCACUGUAUCUGCUGUUGCACUGUGUGGUUGAUAUUAGGACUGAACAACGUUUCAUUACUGUACAUUUUCAAAUAAAAGCCAGGCCGUGAAUAAUUAAAAACCAGCACAAGAAAGUAAACGUUGGAGCUGUACGACUGAAGCAAAUGUAUUAUAGUGAAUAUUAAGGCUGGAAU